GCCGUAUCCGUACUCUGCGAACCAUCUCGAGAGCAACAGCCCAAGGAGCAGGAACAUUGAACACGAACGACUCUUGAAACCGAAGACCGUUGCAGUUUUCGAUUCAGGCUCUACCUCUCUACUCGUUCAACAUCCAACAUCCUGAAAACGGGGCCUGAGGUCGCACAAGUACGAAGGAGACCAUACCGCAUUCCGAGACGCCCGCUGUUGGGCCAAACGGCACCGCUUCGUCAAGUCACUCAGAUGGAAAGAGAAGCGAUGACGACAGCAAUAGAAGAGGACACUGUCAUGGUCGAGGCUGGGGAAGUUCAGGGUGUAGCAGAUCCGGCUUCCAUGCAGGCAGUGGAAAAGUCUCUGGCCCAACCCGCCGAUGACGAGGACAUGGGUGUAGAGAUCAAGCAGGAGAGCAAAGCGGAGGUAAAGCUGGAGGAUCUCUUUGACGGGAUUGACUCGGACGACGACGAGUUUCCCACUUCUAGCAACCAUCUGAACAGCCAGGAGCCUGGACACGCCGAGAACAACGCUCAGGACACGUCUAUUGAGCUCUUACGCAUAUACUACCAGCGCUUCUUCCCUUGGCGGUACAUGUUCCAAUGGCUGAAUCACAGCCCGGUCCCCACCAAGGAUUUCAAGCAUCGCGAGUUCAGUUUGUGGCUGCACAACGACGCCGUCUUGCGGUAUCAGUCAUUUUCCACUUCAGACCUAUUCCGCAAAGACGUAUUGCGGCUGAUGCCGAGACGUAUCGAGAUCGGACCUGUCUACACGGCGGACCCCAGAGAUCGCAAGACUUUCCGGACCGCGAGCGCCUUCCAGCCGAUAGCGAAGGAGCUGUGUUUCGAUAUUGACUUGACAGACUACGACGACAUCCGGACGUGCUGCGACAUGGCUAACAUCUGCCACAAGUGCUGGAAAUUCAUGAUCAUGGCCAUCAAGGUUAUCGAUACCGCGCUGCGAGAGGACUUUGGCUACAACCACAUCCUCUGGGUGUACUCGGGUCGUCGUGGUGUCCAUGCAUGGGUCUGCGAUAAACAGGCAAGGACGUUGGAAGACAAACACCGAAAGGCCAUCGCUGCCUACUUGGAGGUGGUGACCGGCAAGCAAGGUGGCAAGAGGGUUAAUCUCCGUCGGCCGUUGCAUCCCCACCUCUCGAGGAGCAUCGACAUUCUCAAGGACCACUUCCAGAAAGACGUCCUCGAGACCCAAGACCCCUGGAGAAGCCCCGAAAGGGCCGAGAACCUCCUCCAGCAGAUCCCCGACCACCAACUGCGCGAAGCCCUCCGCAAGAAGUGGGAAUCCUCUCCGGGGCGCUCAUCCACCGCAAGAUGGGCCGACAUCGACGCGCUGGCACAGACCAACGCCAGCGCCGCGUUGGACCCCAAGGAGCUGCUCGACGCCAAGCAAGACAUCGUUAUCGAGUAUACGUAUCCGCGUCUCGAUACGGCUGUUUCCCAGAAGCUGAACCACUUGCUCAAGAGCCCCUUCGUCAUCCACCCGGGAACCGGGCGUGUCUGCGUGCCCAUCGACAUGAACAAUCUCGACGGGUUCGAUCCGCUCAACGUGCCGACGCUACAAAGGUUGGUAACGGAGAUUGACGCGUGGACCGAAGCCGACGGCGCAGCGAUGGGAGGGUCGGGGGGUAGUAGCCAGGAAGUGAAGCCCGUUCAGGACUGGGAGAAAACGAGUCUGAAACCUUAUAUUGAAUAUUUCAGGUCGUUUGUUACUGCGUUAAUGAAGGACGAGAGGGAACCCGGUGUGAAGAGGGAGCGUGAGGAGGAUGAAGUUCAGGUCAAAGUUGAGUCGCUGGACUUCUGAUUAGCGCCCUUAUAUGGGUACAUACACGCGGACAUGGUCUGGGUUUGGGAUAUCUGCGGCGGGCCCACCGUCCACUAUGUGAGAGGAACUGUCGCAUCAGGCUGUGUUUCUUUAACGCUAUCGAUAUGGGCGAUGACUUCUCUUGGGGCGCGUUCCGCCCAUCCUACUACCCUCGGUUGCUUGGCAGCAAUGUCGUGCCGCCGUGGUUUUCACUCCGAUGAUUCAGGCCUUGGGCAACCUGAUUUGUUCCGGACACUGUCUGGUCCCCUGUCGGCGUUUCAUCCUCGUGACUGCUAUGCUCCUCGCCGUAACUACCCUCCCUGUCCCCUUUAUCCUUCACUGCUGAGCUUUUCGCCGCGUCAUCCUUCAGCGUCCCUCCUUUACGUUUAGGGAUCACUUCUAGGAAAGCCUGACCCCAGUCACCACAUUCCAACCACUUAGCCAUGAUUUCUACCACUUGAUUUGUAGUCAGAACAAAGCGGCUCUGCAUGGCCAUGUAUUCGCCGAUAGGAAGCUUCGCCGUCCGGACCUUGAACUCCUUAGCCCGCUUGUAGCAAAGCCCCUUUUCUCUGUUCUUGUCCACUAUUCCACCAAUGACAUAACUGGUAUUCGCCUCUAGCCUGUCAAGCGUAUAUGGCGAUUCCGACGUGAGGUAGACAACGGAUCGAUCUACAUCCUCGCCUUCUGGCUCAGCUUCGGUUGUAGGGUGUGUUCCGCCACCGUUGUUGUCAGAAGAGCUGCCCUGCCCGCCAUCGCUGGGCUUGAUCAGAUCGAUUAUUUCGCCUCCUUGGAGCCCGGCCAUUUGUUCCUGAGCUUUCUUCGCAGCCUCCUUGAAGUCGCCCUCGUGGAAGCUCACGUUCUUCCAAUUGCG